AAAAGGUCUAUUUUCUCACGAACUGACCUUGAAGAGCCCACUGAGACCUCGCGAGAAAAAUCAAAACAGACCAUCGUGUAAAAGGGGUCAGAUCAAGAGACCACGACUGUAAAUACCACCACUGGUUCGUUUCCUUCCCAAUUCCAUCUGGGUUUUUUCUUUUUUCCUUUUUUCUGUGUGGAGAUUUGCUUGCGCCACGCCAUGAAUGGAGAUGUAGCUGCAGCAGCAGGGGCGGCUGCUCCGGCCGAGGCCCAGUACGUGAGGGCCAAGACCUCUGUAUGGUGGGACAUCGAGAACUGUCAGGUCCCCAAGAGCUGCGAUCCUCACGCCAUCGCCCAAAACAUCAGCUCCGCCCUCGUUAACAUUAACUAUUGCGGUCCCGUUUCCAUCUCCGCUUAUGGAGAUACCAAUCGAAUUCCCAAUUCUAUUCAGCAAGCUCUCUCCAGUACUGGCAUCGCCUUAAAUCACGUCCCUGCCGGUGUUAAAGAUGCAAGUGACAAGAAGAUUCUAGUUGAUAUGCUGUUUUGGGCUGUUGAUAACCCUGCUCCUGCAAAUUAUUUACUAAUAUCCGGUGAUAGAGAUUUUUCUAAUGCACUUCAUCAAUUAAGAAUGAGAAGAUAUAAUAUUCUUCUAGCACAGCCACAAAAAGCUUCUGCACCACUAGUCGCAGCAGCAAAGAGUGUUUGGCUUUGGAUGAGUCUAUCAGCUGGAGGACCCCCAAUAUCUAGUGCUGAAUCAUCUCAACUUGCGAAUGGUAUCCCUACUUCUGACCCUCAAAUAUCACAUAACUCUGGAUUUGAUCAUAAUCAGACAGCUCAAGCUAUGGUUUGCAAACCUGAAAAUGUCUCUUUGGGAAACCAAAGACCUUAUUCUACUGAGAGGAUGGGUGAUAACAAACAAAAAGGCAAAAAUAUACAGAAAACCUCCAACCAACCAGUCCUAUUCAGAGCUUUAAGCUCGCCUGUUUCUAUGCAAGAGCAAAACCUUAAUUUUUUAAACCAACCGAAUCAUAUGCAAGCAAAGCAGUUUAAGAAAGCACCCCAUGAAUUCUUUGGUAGCAGCAAUCCUGCCGCCUCAGCUUGUCAGUCUACUCCAAACCUUUUUAUUGAAAGUUCCAAUCAAUUUAGGAAUGAUGGCAAUAAUUUCAUGGGUAGUUCCUCCAAUUACAAGCCUCCUCACAUGAGGCAAAACAACAUGCAGUUCCAUCCUUCUUUUCGACCAGAUAAUGUUUUUCCUCCUAAUUCCCAUAAUCAUAAUUCUUUUCCAGUCCCUGGUCAACCUGAUCUCUCUGCACCAAAUAUUAAUAAGCUACAUAUCUCUGAUUAUCCCAAUUAUGCUACGAAUCCUCCAAAUUUUCAUCACCAAGCAGGUGAAUUUAGACCGCAUACCAAGUCUCAAGAUCCAGGUAAUUUUAACUUACCAGACAGAGGCCGUAGUCAGCAUGGUGGUCAGUCAUUUCAACAUGACGGGUUGGAUAAUAGAUCUGCUCGUAAUGUAGUAGAGUAUGGGGCUCAUUCAUCUUCCACAACUGUUCCUAAAAGUUUUUCUUAUAAUGAUGGCUGGGGAUCUCAAGGGCAAUCACCACCACCUUCUGAGUACAUUCAAGGCCUUAUUGGAGUUAUUCUUCUUGCAUUAAACACCCUGAAAAUGGAAAAAAUUAUGCCAACUGAGGCAAAUAUAGUUGACUGCAUCCGAUAUGGAGAUUUGAAAAACUGCAAUACCGAUGUAAAAAUGGCACUAGAUAGUGGGAUUGAGCAUAAUAUGGUAGUGAAGCAGAAUUUAGGAGCAGUGCAAUUGUAUGUUGGUAAGACUGAAAAAUUGUGGAAGUGUGUAAACCCUCUAGGUGGGCAUCCUAAUCAGUACCAAAAAGCUAUAUGGGAUAGGAUUCAAAAGUUUUUGGCUUCUCCAGCUGGUCGUUGUGCAAUAUUGGCUUCUCGUUGCAGAUAUGAGGCAGCAUUGAUUCUGAGGAAAGAAUGUUUAGUAGAUUUUGCCUUGGGCGAUGUGCUUCAGAUUUUGAAUAUAAUAACCUCAGUGAAGAAAUGGAUUUUUCAUCAUGCUUCAGGAUGGCAGCCAAUUAAUAUUGCACUAACAGAAGGUAAUAUGGAUGCAAGUUCCAGAACUGAACUUGAUUUUAUCAACACGAGUACCAAUUAAGUAACAAAAUUUACUAUCAAAGUUGCCGCUAUGACGGCUGGUUAAGGCAAAAUAUUAAUCACAUUGAAGGGGGACUAUCAUUACCACAAAUACGGUAUUUGAAAUACCAGAAGUUUCUGGGAUUACAGCUGUUUAGAACCUCAAGGUUUGCUACUUUUUUUCUUUCCUUUUAGUCGAUUGGAGAAAAACUGAACCUACUAUAGUCUAUGAAGAUCGUCCAAGAUGGAGGGCUGCCAUUUUAAGUUACUUUCUCGAAUGAAUGGCUUUGUUCAUGUAUAUUUCUCAAGUUGUACAUUUGAUGACUAGUUUGAGACACUAGCAUUUAAGCCGGACAAGUAGAAGUCAUCAAUGGCACUAAGGAGAAAUUACAAUGUUCCUUUGUUUAGAGUAGACAAAAUUAGUCUCAGCUACAUAUGGCGUUUGACCAGUUUCGGUAUCCUUACUAGAUCUGCAUCAGGGCUUCGUUAAUUUUGUCAUCAUGAUCAUGCCAUGUUUUCUGCGGAAGGAACUAGCAUAAGGAAUUCCUGCCAGUGGAUCAGCUUGAA